AACAAACAAGAAUAUGAAACAAACGUUUCAGAGAUGGACAAUGAGUUUUUUUUGUAAAAAAUCAAGAAUCUUCAAGUACACUAGGUGAUAAGAAUAUAGCUGUUCCUGGAGUUUCUAAGUCAACAAGUUCUUCAUCAUCUUCAAGCAGCUGUUGUAGUAGGUGUUCUAGUAGGUCUUCCAGUAGUAGUAGCUCUUCUUCGUCCUCUGAAGAUUGUGAAGACAUAAUUAACGAUCAUAACUAUGUACCAAAGAGUGAUGAAGAAUCAGAAGAGUGUGAUAAAGAAAACCACGAUGACGGUAAUAAUGAGCCUAAUCAAACCUUAUCAGCAAACCAAGACAUUCCUAUUCUUGUUACACCCCCAAAGAAAGGCAAGAAACGUCAACGGAAUACUAAAAACUGGAAGAGAAAUCUUACAAAAAAAAAUGAGAAGUUGUGGUGAAGCAUACCAAACUCAUUCAAAAAACAAAAAGAUGAGACAAAAAAGACAAGUAAGGUAUCCGUGCAAAGAUUGUAAACUCAAGUGUCCAUCUAAAUUUACCGAAGAGGAGGGAAUACAGAUUUUUUUAAGCUAUUGGUCACUCGGUGAAUUUCAAAAACAGAGAGAGUAUAUUAACAAACUGUUGGUAGCAGUUGUACCCCAAUAUCGGUAUAUUCGUGUCGGAGGUACAAGAAAACCCAGAGACAAAAACAACGCAUACUAUUUUGUAAAAGAAGGUAAGUAGAUUCGAGUUUGCAAAGUAUUUUUUGCAAAUACUUUGGACAUACCUGAUCGCAUAAUAAGAACUGUGCAAGAAAAACGGAAUAAAGUUUUAGAGGUCCUCCUUGAUUCGGACAAAUGUGGAAGACACGGAAACCAGAAAUCGCUAAAUCCAGAAAUUCGGGAAGAUAUUAGACAGCACAUAACAUCAAUCCCAAGAAUUGAAAGUUAUUACU